AUGGGUCCGGGGGCGUUGUGGGAGCAGCACCAGGCAGAGCCACAGACGAGGAAGCUGGAGCACAGACUGCAGACACUCCACAACACACAGCAGGCAACAGACAGAGAUAGGCACGUCAGCACAGAUCAGACGUUUAAUAUCUGGUACCUUCCCCACCGGGGACUGCGUGUUGAACGGGUUUUUGGAACCGGGAGCUGGACCCGGGAGCUGGACCCAGGGCUCGCUCUGUCUGCUCCCAGCAUCAACCCAGUUUUGAAUCAUUCAGAGGCAGAGAGUGAAGUGAGUGGCAGUGCUGAUGGGCUAGUGCUCAGGAACGGGAUGUUGGUCGCCGUCCCCAGUAACAACACUGACAGCCGUUCGCCAGCAGCAGUCUGGGAGACCAGGAUCAAAGGAGAGACUGUUCAAGGAACUGCUUCAGCAGCAGAUCGAUCACACAUGGAGAGGCUUCUCAAGGAGCUGACAGAUUACCGAUUCGUGUUCCCAUACAUUGUGUCCGGGAAGAGGAAGCGGAGUUUAACUGCCUUACAGCAGGGGAGCUAUCCAAACCACGUCACCAUCUUGGUGGACCUCGCAGGGGAACAACUGACGCUGGAUCUCAGCAGAAACACCCUCCUGUUGCCGAAAGGGUUCCAGGUCUCCCACUAUGAUUCGAACGGGACUCUGGUGACAGAGCAGCACCAGGAACCGAGUCAGUGUUACUACGAGGGCUCCGUCAGAAACUUCGCCGGAUCUGCGGUGUCGGCCAGCACCUGCUCAGGACUCAGUGCUCUGGUUGUUCUCAGUAAUCGAACUUACGUCAUUGAAUAUCUUGAGGGAUCUGAGCACGGACGACAUUUGAUGUACAGACCUGAAGAUCUCAAGUCAGUGCCCAGUAGGUGUGGAGUCACAAACACAUCCCCUGGAUCAACCCUGGCUGAGGAGCUCCAGCAGUUCCAUCGGAUGAAGAAGAUGGAAUUGACAGAAGAGACAAAGUACGUGGAGCUGGUACUGGUAGCAGACAAUGCAGAGUACCUGAAUCAGCGGAAGAAUAAAGAUGCUGUGGUGAAGCGGAUGCUCAAUAUUGCAAACACAGUGGACUUGUACUACAGACCGCUGAACGUCCGUAUAGCUCUGAUUGGAGUCGAUGUGUGGUCAAAGAACCAAGUCACAGUGGACAGAAAUCCUCAGAAAAUGCUGUCCCGAUUCCUUCAGUGGAGGAAGAGUACCCUGCUCCCACGACAGUACAACGACAACGCCCAGCUCAUCCUAGGACGUAACUUUGAAGGGACCACUGCCGGGUUGGCGCCACUCAGCACCAUUUGUCUGCCCGACGCAUCUGGUGGAGUAAACCAGGACUCUGACUUGAACAUCCUGCAAGUUUCUUCUACGGUUGCCCAUGAGCUUGGACACAACCUUGGAAUAUCUCAUGACACCAGGGAACGGAAUUGUGUCUGCCCAUCCAAGGCCAGCUGCAUCAUGGCAGAAGCACUGGGUCUGGUUUUACCAACAAAAUUCAGCAGCUGCAGCCGAGCCGACUUGACGAGAGGCCUGCUUCAUGGAAAGGCGUACUGUCUCUUCAACAUGCCCAAACUGAACAAACUGGUCGGAGGCCCGAAGUGUGGCAACAUGUACUUGGAGAAAGGCGAGCAAUGUGACUGUGGCAAGCCUAAGGAAUGUUCGGAUCCCUGCUGUGAGCCAUCGACUUGUAGACUCAGACGUGGUGCAAAAUGUUCAUCUGUUGGUGCCUGCUGUAAGAAAUGCAAAUUUCUCCCAGCAGGAACAGUCUGCAGACCAAAGCGGGGAGAAUGUGACUUGCCAGAGUUCUGCACAGGCCGAUCCCAGGACUGCCCUGACAAUCACUACGUGAAAGAUGGCCACACGUGCAGUAAUGGAAACUUGUACUGCAGCCAGGGAACUUGCCAGUCUGCAGAUCGGCAAUGCCAGGAGAUCUGGGGUGCCGGCUCCAAGUCUGCCGAAAGAAACUGCUAUGAAGUUAUAAAUCAGCAAGGAAAUGAGUUUGGGAACUGUGGGCAGAACAAAGAUAACAACUACAUGAGAUGCCAGGAUGGGGAUGAAAUGUGUGGAAAAAUCCAGUGUAAGGUUGGAAAAGGAGCUACAUUCCCAGGAGGAAACACCAAGAUUGUAACUAGCUCCAUUGUUUUCCACGGCGUGAAGUAUGAAUGCUGGGCGGUACUUAAUUCCCUAAGUGAUGCCAGUAGUCCAGACUGGGUUAAACAAGGGACCAAGUGUGGAGAUAACAAGGCCUGUAUUGAUGGCAAGUGCCAGGAUGUGGCACUGUUCGAUGUGGAAAGCUGUGACAAGACCUGCAACAACAAGGGGGUAUGA